AUGGUCAUGCCGAAGAGACGUCUGCCGGACUCCAAGAAGUCAACUGUUGCCAGCAAAGGCCCUCCAAGUCCCCUCUCGGGGAACGACUUGUCUCCUGCUGCUUCACCCUCUGCCUGUUCCGACUCUAACACUGAGCCUAUGACAGAUCGGGAACGUAGUGCAGACGUUGAGAUGCCUCUGCCGAAGAGCGAGUCGCCGCCGCAGCCCCGCUCCCCCGAGCGCCACGUACCAGCACCACUACAGCCUGCGUCA